GGCAUUGGUUGAGUUGGAGUUCCGUUUACUGGCUGCAUGCGAGCCACGAAGUGGGAAUCCAUCUGCAGAUAAAGCGACUCGAACAACUGGAGCCGUGUGAUUGGUUCGACCGCGCCAGAGCAACCGCUUGGAACUGGACUGACAACGCCGACGAUGCAGCAGAAAGCGGGUUACGAUGACUCGAUUGCGGCGUCAAGUGCGAUAUUGUCCGAUGCCCCUACUAAAGCAGACACCCAAGGGCUAAGCUGGCGAAAGGAGCGUUGGCUUUUAUGAGCAGAUUCACUGUCGACACCUGGAGCAACAAGCGUUAAGAGCUUCAAACAGCAAGCCGAGUCGGAGAGCACCGCUCACCGCCAUCUCCGACCUUCACCAUCUACACCCCACAACCUGAAUCCAGGUUGGGUUACAAAGUAACGAACCCACAAUCACCAGCUCCAACAUGCCCAACCUCGUCGCCGUCGACGUCUUCGUCACAGAUAACCGCCUCCGGCUGGUCUUUUCCGAUCGGGCAGUGGCCGCAGCCUACGCCGCCUACCUUCGUGCGCAGGACCUGCGGCCCCCGCAUUACCAAGCCAUCCCGGGCUAUGAGCGGGCGCCACAGCUUCACAUCACGACCAAGGAAGUCAGCUUAUCCCUACCAGAUUUCAUCACCUGGUUCAUAACCUGCCGCCUCCCGGACGACGAGGACAGCGUGACCUUCACCUUCAUGGACGCAGACGAGGAUUACGCCGCGCACUGGGCCGAGUCGAUGGUGCUGUUUGAGCAGGUUCCACCCACAACCGCACCAGGGGACCACCACCACCACCACCAUCGUCAUUAUCAUCAGCAACACCAUGACGAUGCCAAGCAGCUGCAUGUGCGCCGGUUGUGGAACAGGGCGCACCUCCUGAAGCGGCUGGAGGAGCUAAUACGGAGGGUGUCGACGCCGCCCACUGCUGGCAGGGAGAGAAGCAAGGACGGCAGCCCCGUAUGGGGGAAUGGCGUGAAUGGCAAUGGUGGUGGUGGUGGGCGGAUGCCCGUGCAGAUGCCGCUUACGGUGGCUGCUGCGGGGAGGAUGCAAAGGGGCGAUAUUUGGUGGUAA